CUGUCUGUACGGACCUUAAAAUUACGACUAAUAGUAUCAUUAUAAAAACACAAAUAUGUUAUGUUGUGUUCUUCAUGUAUUUAACCGGGUCCCAUAAAAACAAAAAUCAAUCUCCCGUGGCUAUUGACCUCUUUGGUUAUUAUUAUUUAUCGCGAUUCCUUUCAGCUGUUCAUAAUUGCGACAUCUGAUAACUAAAAUCUAACCUACAAGUUUAUGGGAACCUAGUGUAAAUUAAAAAUAAAAUGGUGAACAAGGCUUUAUUCGUCUGUUUGGGCAACAUUUGUCGGUCGCCGAUUGCGGAGGCAGUUUUUUCACAAAUAAUAGAAGAAAGAGGUAUCGCUGAUCGAUGGAAAGUAGAUAGUGCCGCAUUAGGUGGUUGGCACUCCGGAAAUCCUCCAGAUUCCAGAGCACAAAAUACUUUAAUGGAACACAAUAUUGUUUAUAAUGGUAGAGCAAGACAAAUUGAAGACGAAGAUUUCAGCGAAUUCGAUUACAUAUUCGGCAUGGACGAAAAUAAUAUUUCGAAUUUAAAAGGGCAGCAACCUCCGGGGACGAAAGCCAAAAUUUUACUUUUGGGCGACUUUGAUCCUAAGGGGGAGAGGAUCAUCAGAGAUCCUUACUACGAUAAUAAUUCGAAAGGGUUUGAAAAGUGUUACCAGCAGUGCGUAAGGGCUUGCAAUGGAUUUUUGGAUCAGUACGGAAACUGAAUGAGUUUUGCUUUUUUGUAAAUAAAUUUUGUUGUAAGUACAUAAAGUUUUAUUUACG